AUGGAAGGGGAGGGGCCUGGCGAACAGGAGGAGGUUAUUGACAUUGCUCACAGGCUUGGCUUCAGUGACUUGAUAGAUGGGUUGAAAGAACAUAUGAAUGGGCAGCAGGACAAAGCUGUGAGAUGCCAGGAAAUUGGACUGCAAACAGAAAGAGAAAAGAAAGAUGCAGAUGUACAGAUCCUGGUGCGAAGGGAAAGUUUUACGCAUGCAGAGACUCAAACAGACGGUCCUUAUGCUUACUUUGCAGAUGUUUGCCCUGUAUUGGCGUCUGAACCGUCUUUAACCAGGCCUGACAAUUUAGUUUCUGUGCCUAGUGAAUACAGUACUAGUAGUUCAGCUAUUGGACUUCACUUAAUGAAAGAUAUUACUAGUUCCUCCAAUGUCAGUGAGGCACUGAAUCCUGUCCACUCCCAAUGUUGCCAGCAAAUACAAGUGAAAAACAAAAGGAGAAAGAUUCCACAGAAUAUAGGCCAGGUGAGAAAAAUCUGUGAGAGACAAAAACUGAAUGUUGAAGGGGAUCAGUCAGAUCUUUUAAACUCCAGUGUUUUGGGAAGAGUUAAAGAAGUUGGAGGGAAAGAUUUUCGUAAACUUGUUGAAAAACUUGGUUUCCGAAGUGGUUCUGCAUUCAAACAGCAGGAAGACACACAGAUCUCACUAAAGAUUAAACUAAAGAGAAGAAGAAAAGGGUCACCGUGGGAGAUUGUUAGCGUCCAAGAGGAGAGCGGAGCUGAUAGAUGCUGUGCUUCAGGGAGAGGUCAUGCCAGCCCAGGACAGACACAGAGCCACAAUGAGGAUGGUUUCACACUCACACAGCCCCUGAGGAACUGUCCUGAAGUUCUUCUGAGCCCUUCUCCCACAGUCCCUCGUCAGGAUCUUGCAACUGUAACACUCACACCUCCCUCAGAUCUGACUAUGUCUCCUCCUGCCACCCCUGCUAAGAAUGCUUCAGAGCACUCUGGUCCCCAUAACCCUCAAACAGUUCCUCACUCCUCCCAUAUACAAAUGCCACCUGCAUCACCAGGCGCACUCCAAGCCGAAGAGUCUGAUGAGCAUAUUGCAAGGCUGUUGGAGGAUAUGGUUAUGAUGGGUCUAAAUAUCUUGCCAUCAGUGCCGAUGGAUAGAAACAGCAGCUUGCAUCAUCAGAAUGAGAAACAUGCAUCACCUGAACCACACCUGGACCUGGAAACGGGACAGUGUGACACUGUUGAUACUGCUUCUGCUCCCUGCUUUUGUUUGCAUGGAAAUAACCUAGGCCCUGGGGAUCCUGAUGUUAGCAAGAUGCCACCUUUAAUGGGUUCCUGUAUACAAAGAAAAGCAGGUAAAUACCAUGCUACAUACACUGUGUCUUGGUGUACUGCUUGUAACUUCCUGCAAAGAUCACUGUUUGUGUUUUGA